AGUUUCCGGCAAUUAUUACGACACCGUAAUUUUGAUUUUCAGCCGAUACCGUAAUCAAAACACUCAUCACGUGUAUACUUAAAAUGUAGAUUUGCUUAUGCAUAGUCAUCGCAUACAAUUUUACAUUCUUCCAGUCUCAAUCUCCGCAGUGAGACUGUUGGAUCAGAAAAGUUGUGUGUCUUUGUUCUUCGUUUCAAGCUCAAAAUAUUAACAUAAACAAAGCAGAAAGAAGUUUGCGAUUCUAUUUAAAAUUUAAAUUUAAUGUUAAAAAUGAGUUCAAAAUUACCAUCUGAACGCAAUAAAAAUCAUUCGAUUGAAGAAGUUCUGAGUCGAUUGAGUGACGAGAAGUUAAAUGGUGAUUUUGAUGAGAUUUUUAAUUUGAUGCCAGUAACAACUGACACGUCAUGUGGAAUUGGUUUUUUAAGAAGUCCAACAUUACAAAGAUUUGCAAACAAGAAGUUUCUCGUCGGACUUUACGGUGUUCUGUCAUUAGUAUUUGCUUCUGCCGGGUCAUAUUUCAAUGGCACAAUCACAACCAUUGAGAAGCGUUUUGAAAUUCCAUCGAAAAACAUUGGAAUUAUCUCGGUCGGCAAUGACGUCAGUUCGUUGUUUCUUUCUGUUUUCAUCGCAUAUUACGGAGGGAAAAGCCAUCGACCUCGAUGGAUUGGAGUUGGUCUACUUGCAAUUGUCGUAUUCUGUCUCAUAAACGCUUUGCCACAUUUUAUCUUCGGAUCGGGAAGUGAAGCUUUAUCACUUACGAUAGAGAAUGGCGGGGUCAAAGAUGGUGCAGAAAGUGAAGCUGCUGAGAAAAUAGAAAAUAAUAAAUUACUGUGCAAGUCAAAUGCUACUGAUGGUAUAGCUGCGGAGUGUAAUUUGACUGAUGGCGGAAGUUUAACGCCACAAAUACUUUUAUUUAUUGCACAAUUAAUCGCUGGCGUUGGUCAAACGUUGUGUUCAACUUUAGGAUUUUCUUACUUAGAUGACAACAUAAAGAAAUCAAAAACACCAGCUUUAAUGAGUAUUUCAUUCUUCAUGAGACUUUUGGGACCGGCACUCGGUUAUGCACUCGCUUCCCUUUGUCUUAAAAUCUACAUUGCACCUGAACUGACGCCAGUUAUUAAUAAUAAAGAUCCACGAUGGCUUGGUGCUUGGUGGCUUGGAUGGCUAAUCUUUGCAUUUAUUCUUUGCUUGUUUUCAUUUACUGUCGCAAUGCUUCCCAAAGAAUUACCUCGAGCUGCUGUUCGUAAACGGAUCGAAAAGGAGAAAGUUAAACGUGGAUUGAAGAUGAUUGACACGAGUGCUGCCGAAGAUACCAAAGCUUCAAUUCCCGACAUGAUUGUCACGUACAAACGUCUUUUCCGCAACAAAGUUUUCAUGUUGAUGAACAUCGCAGGAAUUUUUCAUCUUUUUGGAUUUCUUCCUUAUUGGAUCUACACACCGAAGAUUAUUGAAACAGUUUAUCAUCAAUCAGCGUCAGCUUCAAGUUUCUACACAGGAACAUUGGCGAUUGUGUUUAGUGGAAUUGGAGUUCUCAUUGGUGGAGUUUACAUUUCCAAAUACAAACCAUCAGCAAGAUUCCUGACAAUGUGGCAUAUCAUUUGUGGAGUUAUUUGUGUGAUUGGGAUUAUUAGUUAUGCUUUUCUGGGAUGUGUGGAAAGUGGAAAAACUUUGAGUGUCAAAGAUGAUGCCAUCUCGAUAUGUAACAAAGAUUGUCAUUGCGACUUUGUUAGGUAUUCACCAGUUUGUGGAACUGAUGGCUUGACUUAUAUUUCUGCAUGUCAUGCUGGUUGUAAGAAGUUCAUAGCAACAAAUGAUACAAAAACUUUCAAGGAAUGUUCGUGUGUUGGUUCUGACGUCUACAAAAGUGACCAAACUUUCUCUUGGGAAUUGAAUGCACCACCGAAACAUUCUGCAACUUCAGGUCCGUGUCCCGUGAAUUGUCAAAGGGAACUUUUUAUGUUCUUAGCUGUGAUGUGUUUAAUGAAGUUCAUUGGAGCUACUGGAAGAACGAGCAACUUCCUGGUCUCAAUUCGAUGUAUUGACGAGAAAGAUAAAACUGUCGCAAUCGGUCUCGGAUCGACACUCAUUCAUCUCUUCGCUUUGAUACCAAGUCCAAUAUUCUUUGGUUACAUUUUAGAUUCUGUUUGUCUUGUCUCUGGGAAAACUUGCACUGGGAAAGGAAACUGUUGGCUGUACAAUGAAGAAUCUCUUCGUUAUGUUCUCAAUUUUUCUGCUGCUUUUUUUAUUGCGAUUGGAACUAUCAUUGAUGUAGAAUCGAUUGAAGAAGCUUUAAGUAAAUUAACUGAUGAACAAUUAAAUGGAGAUUUUGAUGAUAUUUUGGAAUUGAUGCCAGUAACAAAUGACACUUCAUGCGCAUUUGGAUUUAUGAGAAGAUCAAUGCUAAAAAAACUGACGAGCAAGAAGUUCCUUGUGGCACUUUACAGUAUUCUUUCAUUAGCCUUUGCAUCAACUGGUUCAUACUUCAAUGGCACAAUCACAACCCUUGAGAAGCGUUUUGAAAUCCCAACGAAAAACAUUGGAAUUAUCUGGGUUGGCAAUGACGUCAGUUCGUUGUUUCUGUAUAUUGUCAUUACAUAUUACGGAGGGAAAAGCCAUCGACCUCGAUGGAUUGGAGUUGGUCUACUUGCAAUUGUCGUAUUCUGUCUCAUAAACGCUUUGCCACAUUUUAUCUUCGGAUCGGGAAGUGAAGCUUUAUCACUUACGAUAGAGAAUGGCGGGGUCAAAGAUGGUGCAGAAAGUGAAGCUGCUGAGAAAAUAGAAAAUAAUAAAUUACUGUGCAAGUCAAAUGCUACUGAUGGCAUAGCUGCGGAAUGUAAUUUGGCUGAUGGCGGAAGUUUAACGCCACAAAUACUUUUAUUUAUUGCACAAUUAAUCGCUGGCGUUGGUCAAACGUUGUGUUCGACUUUAGGAUUUUCUUACUUAGAUGACAACGUAAAGAAAACGAAGAAACCAGCUUUGUUGAGUAUUUCAUUCUUCAUGAGAUUUCUUGGACCAGCUUUCGGCUAUUUACUCGCUUCCCUUUGUCUUAAAAUUUACAUUGCACCUGAACUGACGCCAGUUAUUAAUAAUAAAGAUCCACGAUGGCUUGGUGCUUGGUGGCUUGGAUGGCUAAUCUUUGCAUUUAUUCUUUGCUUGUUUUCAUUUACUGUCGCAAUGCUUCCCAAAGAAUUACCUCGAGCUGCUGUUCGUAAACGGAUCGAAAAGGAGAAAGUUAAACGUGGAUUGAAGAUGAUUGACACGAGUGCUGCCGAAGAUACCAAAGCUUCAAUUCCCGACAUGAUUGUCACGUACAAACGUCUUUUCCGCAACAAAGUUUUCAUGUUGAUGAACAUUGCAGGAAUUUUUCAUCUUUUUGGAUUUCUUCCUUAUUGGAUCUACACACCGAAGAUUAUUGAAACAGUUUAUCAUCAAUCAGCGUCAGCUUCAAGUUUCUACACAGGAACAUUGGCGAUUGUGUUUAGUGGAAUUGGAGUUCUCAUUGGUGGAGUUUACAUUUCCAAAUACAAACCAUCAGCAAGAUUCCUGACAAUGUGGCAUAUCAUUUGUGGAGUUAUUUGUGUGAUUGGGAUUAUUAGUUAUGCUUUUCUGGGAUGUGUGGAAAGUGGAAAAACUUUGAGUGUCAAAGAUGAUGCCAUCUCGAUAUGUAACAAAGAUUGUCAUUGCGACUUUGUUAGGUAUUCACCAGUUUGUGGAACUGAUGGCUUGACUUAUAUUUCUGCAUGUCAUGCUGGUUGUAAGAAGUUCAUAGCAACAAAUGAUACAAAAACUUUCAAGGAAUGUUCGUGUGUUGGUUCUGACGUCUACAAAAGUGACCAAACUUUCUCUUGGGAAUUGACUGCACCACCGAAACAUUCUGCAACUUCAGGUCCGUGUCCCGUGAAUUGUCAAAGGGAACUUUUUAUGUUCUUAGCUGUGAUGUGUUUAAUGAAGUUCAUUGGAGCUACUGGAAGAACGAGCAACUUCCUGGUCUCAAUUCGAUGUAUUGACGAGAAAGAUAAAACUGUCGCAAUCGGUCUCGGAUCGACACUCAUUCAUCUCUUCGCUUUGAUACCAAGUCCAAUAUUCUUUGGUUACAUUUUAGAUUCUGUUUGUCUUGUCUCUGGGAAAACUUGCACUGGGAAAGGAAACUGUUGGCUGUACAAUGAAGAAUCUCUUCGUUAUGUUCUCAAUUUUUCUGCUGCUUUUUUUAUUGCGAUUGGAACUAUCAUUGAUGUAGCUACUGAUGGUGUAGCUGCGGAAUGUAAUUUGGCUGAUGGCGGAAGUUUAACGCCACAAAUACUUUUAUUUAUUGCACAAUUAAUCGCUGGCGUUGGUCAAACGUUGUGUUCAACUUUAGGAUUUUCUUACUUAGAUGACAACAUAAAGAAAUCAAAAACACCAGCUUUAAUGAGUAUUUCAUUCUUCAUGAGACUUUUGGGACCGGCACUCGGUUAUGCACUCGCUUCCCUUUGUCUUAAAAUCUACAUUGCACCUGAACUGACGCCAGUUAUUAAUAAUAAAGAUCCACGAUGGCUUGGUGCUUGGUGGCUUGGAUGGCUAAUCUUUGCAUUUAUUCUUUGCUUGUUUUCAUUUACUGUCGCAAUGCUUCCCAAAGAAUUACCUCGAGCUGCUGUUCGUAAACGGAUCGAAAAGGAGAAAGUUAAACGUGGAUUGAAGAUGAUUGACACGAAUGCUGUUACUGAUGAUACCAAAGCUUCAAUUCCCGACAUGAUUGUCACGUACAAACGUCUUUUCCGCAACAAAGUUUUCAUGUUGAUGAACAUCGCAGGAAUUUUUCAUCUUUUUGGACUUCUUCCUUAUUGGAUUUACACACCGAAGAUUAUUGAAACAGUUUAUCAUCAAUCAGCAUCAACUUCAAGUUUCAUAACGGGAACAUUGGCGAUUGUCUUCAGUGGAAUUGGAGUUCUAAUUGGUGGAGUUUACAUUUCCAAAUACAAACCAUCAGCAAGAUUCCUUUCAUUGUGGCAUAUCAUUUGUGGAAUUCUUUGUAUUGUUGGAAUGUUUGCCUUUUCUUCUGUAGGAUGUGAUGAAGGUCGAAAAACUUUGAGUGUCAAAAAUGAUGCCAUCUCGAUAUGUAACAAAGAUUGUCAUUGCGACUUUGUUAGGUAUUCGCCAGUUUGUGGAACUGAUGGCUUGACUUAUAUUUCUGCAUGUCACGCUGGUUGUAAGAAAUUUAUAGCAACAAAUGAUACAAAAACUUUCAAGGAAUGUUCGUGUGUUGGAAUUGACAAUUAUGAUAAUAAUUCAAGCUUCUCUUGGGAAUUGACUGCACCACCAAAACAUUCUGCAACUUCAGGUCCAUGCCCCGUGAAUUGUAAGAAGGAACUUCUAAAAUUUCGAAUUAUUAUGUGCUUCAUGAAGUUCAUCGCAGCUACUGGCAGAACUACAAACGUCUUAUUGUCAAUAAAAUGUAUUGGUAAAAAGGAAAGAGUCGCUGCAAUUGUGUUCGGUGCGAUGUUAAUUCACAUUUUUGCUUUGAUACCAAGUCCAAUAUUCUUUGGGUUCAUUUUUGAUUCUGUUUGUCUUGUCUCUGGGAAAACUUGCACUGGGAAAGGAAACUGUUGGCUGUACAAUGAAGAAUCUCUUCGUUAUGUUCUCAAUUUUUCUGCUGCUGUUUUCAUUGCUAUUGGAACUAUCAUUGAUGUAGGCGUUUGGCACUUCGUUAAAGAUUUGAAACUGUUUGAUGAUGUAGUCAAAACAGAAAAUUCAACAACGAAU